AUGCAAUGCGAUAAGAAUGCUGCGUGGUACUCGGAAGAGGAACACGAACGUCUCGUCGAGCUGUGCCAACACGGCUUGGUGCCGUCCACUCCAUGCCGGAAUCACUCGCACACUCACUGCAUCGUCAGCUGGUAUCGGAGUGGAGGCAGUACAGAAAAGGUUGUGACCGAACGAAAGUGUGGUGGACUGGAGGACGUGACUGGAUGCACUCUGUAUAACUCGAAAAUUAGUCGAAAGGCCGUAGCAAAAUUCACUGUUUUGCAACUAGGUUGUUACCAGGCGGCGGUGACUUCUGGCGCUGAUUUACUUCUAUCUGAACUUCUGUGCUCUCGAUCUAAAUAUCUCCAGUGGGGGAGCGACACCUACUCUCAAAAGACCAUUCGUCAGGCACUGUUCGACGCGAAGCAUCUUCGUUGUUCGUGGAGGUGUGCAGCGAAUCAUGUCCAGGCGGAGAGUGCUCGAGCACGGUUCGAAGAACGACCGUGCUCAGUGUGCUGCUUACGCUUCUCCUGUUGUUACACUUAUUUUAAAGCGCUUCCAAGACACUACGGUACGGUAUCGGAAGAUGGUUGGAGCAACAACGAUGCUGAAGUGCUACGCAUGUUCAAAAAUACGUCCGCAACUGAGGCAAUUCCGUAG